AUGAAGUUUCUUGCAACACUCUCAACACUCGUUUUUGCUCUGUCACUCAGUACUUACGCUGCACCAGCAGAAAAUGUCAACCAUCUAGAGCUCGAAGCACGAGUUCCAGCUCUUGCUCCAGCUUAUGAAUAUACAGCUGCCUAUCGGUACUUUCAUGGUAUCAAAAAUGAUAUUCUUCCCCAACAUACCUACAUAUUCACAAUGAGAAUUCCUGUCAAAACAACUGAGACGAAUGCAAGAGCUCUAGCAUUAUCCCAGCAGCUUGGCUUUAGCCACAUUUAUUUCAUCUCAGUGCACGUUACUCAAUCAGAGAGGGUUCGAACAACAGGACCCAGGGCAACACGAGGACAACGCAUAAUCACACUUGCGGCCGACGCACAAGUUUUCGACAUGGUCAAAGCUGCAGCAACAACAGGAGUUCAAUUUCGACAGCGCCCAUUCCGAGUGCCGACAACUGCUAAUAGCCCAGGGGUAGUGUUUGUGAAAACGACGACUAGAACCAAAGCGCAAAUAAAGACCGAGGCUCAGAGAUAUGUUGCCCAAAAUCCUCAAUAUUCAUAUGAGGCUACCGGGAACAACUGCGGUACAUUUGUUGACAAUUUGAUCGAAUUCGCAUGA